CUCUCUCUUCAUUUCUGCAGAAGAGAAGAGAAAAGCAAGAUGAAGACACAACGACGGCCAUCCUCAUCAUCUCACAUGAAGAGAUUCUGCCAUGCAAAAGAGGUUGAAAUAAGAAAGGUGAAGCAGCACCACUUCCACCGUACACCGGCACUCAAAUCCGAAAGAAAACACGCUGUUUCCCGCGCCUUGAGACCCCCUGAUGGCGUACUCGAAUUUGUCGAUAGAGUUUACGUUUUUGAUUCUUGUUUUUCCACUGAAGUAUUACCGGAUGGAAUGUAUCAAAUUUACCUACACGAAAUAAUAACAGAAUUGUAUGAGGAGUUUCCGGACUCUUCGUUUCUGGCCUUUAAUUUUCGAGAAGGCGAGAAACGGAGUCAGUUUGCAGAUAUUUUAUGUCAGUAUGAUGUUACUGUAAUGGAUUAUCCGCGGCAGUACGAGGGUUGCCCUUUACUGCCGUUGUCUUUGAUUCAGCAUUUUCUUCGCGUUUGUGAGAGCUGGCUUUCACUUGGGAAUCAUCAGAAUAUUAUCCUUUUUCACUGUGAGAGAGGAAGUUGGCCACUGUUGGCUUUUCUUUUGGCUAGUUUCUUGAUUUUUAGGAAGUUGCAUAGCGGUGAAAAGAGGACGCUUGAGAUUGUCCAUAAAGAGGCUCCUAAAGGGUUCAUGCAGCUCCUGUCACCACUCAAUCCUUUUCCAUCUCAGCUACGCUAUCUUCAGUAUGUGGCUAGGAGAAAUAUAGCACCUGAGUGGCCACCUCCUGAACGGGCGCUUUCUUUGGAUUGUGUCAUUUUUCGUGCCAUUCCAAGUUUUGAUGCUGAAAAUGGGUGUAGGCCAAUUAUUCGUAUUUUUGGUAGGAACUUACAUGCAAAGGGUGGACUUUCUACGCAGAUGCUCUUCUCUAUGUCUAAGAAGAAGAAGUCUGCUCUUCGGCACUACCGCCAGGCGGACUGUGAUGUGAUUAAGAUUGACAUUCAAUGUUUGGUGCAAGGAGAUGUUGUCUUGGAGUGUGUGCAUUUGGAUUUGGAUCCAGAAAGGGAAGUUAUGAUGUUUCGUGUAGUGUUUAACACAGCUUUUAUUCGAUCCAAUAUAUUGAUGCUCAAUUCUGAAAAUUUGGACAUUCUUUGGGAUUCAAAGGAGCGGUAUCCAAAAGGCUUCCGUGCAGAGGUUCUGUUUGGGGAGGUCGAGAGCAUCUCCCCUCCAAAAGCUCCAACUACAAUUUUAAAUGGCGAGGAGAAAGGUGGAUUGCCGAUUGAAGCCUUUUCAAGAGUUCAAGAACUAUUUAGUGGUGCUGAGUGGGUUGAUAACAGGGAUGAUGCUGCUUUGUGGUUACUUAAACAGCUAUCAGUCAUAAGCGAUGCCAGAGAAUUUUCAAGAAUGCAAAGUCAAGUGAAUUCAUAUGCAUCCCCUAUUGAUUCUGAAGAUGAAAAUAAUGCAUCUAGCACUGCUGAUAGCUCUGAUGAAGCAUUUGAUUAUAUUUCCAAGUCUCCAGCAGAAGCAAUGAAACCACUGAUGGCAAAUACUGCUGAUUCAGUUCCCUUAUCAGUUGAAAGUAAUGAUCCACAGGAUUUGGAUCUAGCCACAGACCCUCCACCUCAAGUUUCAGGCAAAGUUGUACCAUCCUCUCUUCAUCAGCAAUUAUCAGUUGCAGGUGCUGGAACCCCACCUUCUCCAUGCCCCCCUCAGCCCCCUCCACCACCUCCUUUUGCUCACACGCCACCACCACCUCCACCGCUGCCUUCUAUUUCUAGCCAACACCCUUUAGCUAUUCCACCACCUCCUUGUCCGCCCCCUCCUCCUAACUUCUUAAACAAUGAUUCGUCUUUACCACCUCCUACUCAUAAUAGAAUUCUGCCACCAUCACCACCACCACCACCUCCUCCUCCUAACUUCUCCACUAAAGAUUCUAGUACACCGCCUCCUCCCACCAGCAGAGGUCCACCACCACCACCACCUCCUCCUCCUCCUAACUUCUCCACUAAAGAUUCUAGUACACUGCCUCCUCCCACCAGCAGAGGUCCACCACCACCACCACCACCUCCUCCUCCUCCUAACUUCUCCAUUAAAGAUUCUAGUACACCCCCUCCUAUCAGCAGAGGUCCACCACCACCUCCUCCACCUCCCCCUUCACGGCUGCCCGUGCCUCCUCCACCACCACCAUUGCCACCACGCUCAGUGAGUACAACUAAUAAUCUUCAAACAUCACAACAACAACCACCCCCGCCUCCUCCUCCUCCUCCUCCUCCUCUGGCACCAUCUUCUUUAAUUUCAAGAGCUACUGCUAGUUCUAUUGGUGGGGUACCACCUCCACCUCCUCCUCCUCCUCCUCCUCUUGGUCACAACCCUAGUAAUGCUCCAAGGCCACCUCCCCCUCCUCCUCCUUUUGGUCACAACCCUACUAAUGCUCCAAGGCCACCUCCUCCUCCUCCUUCAGGACCUACACGCCCCAGGUCUGUAGCACCACCUCCGCCACCAGCACCCAAGCCUCCUGCAGCUCCCUCUCCACCACCUGGUUGUGCCACUGCACCGGGUCCAUCUCCUGAAGCAAAGGGCUCUAACGUGCCACCACCUCCACCUCCAUCUGCAGGAAGAGGAAAAGCUUCUUUAGGAAGAGUUCGGAGUGCUGGUGGGGCUGGUAGUGCCCUUAAGAAAACUUCUCUAAAGCCCCUGCAUUGGGUGAAAGUUACUCGAGCAAUGCAAGGGAGUUUGUGGGCUGACUCGCAAAAACAAGAAAAUCAAUCAAGUGGGAUUGAUUAUUUCAAAAUUGAAAACGAGCUAGUCUGCUGUGGUGCAACAGCUAGAUUUGAUGAUGCUUCAUAUUUUCACUUUCUCACUGACGUAGACUUGCGUAGAGCGUAUAAUUGUGAAAUAAUGCUCACAAAGAUUAAAAUUCCUUUGCCAGACAUGAUUAAUGCAGUUCUAGCCUUGGACUCUUCAGUUUUAGACAUUGACCAGGUUGAGAAUCUCAUCAAAUUUUGUCCUACCAAGGAAGAAAUGGAGACGCUGAGGAUGUUUUGGGCUCCAGUUUCUGGAGCACACCUGGAAUGCAUGCCGUGCUCCUUGGAUGUUUCAGAUGUUGCUUAUCGUGCUUGA